AUGGCCCAGUGGAAUGACUUUUCGCGUCCUGAAGAAGACUGGACCGGAUUGAAGGAUCCCAAAGCUCGAAGGAAGCUGCAGAACAGAGUGAAUGUCCGGGCUCACCGUAGACGAAAAGCAAAUCAAGACAACCACACAAACUUACAAGACAUCCAUUCGCAACGCAGUGAUGCCUUCUCACUACUGCCACCCUUCAAAGCGCCCUUUCCUCUUGUCCUUUUAAACGACUUUCAACUCCCACUUGGGCCCCGCAUGAAUAUAGAGACAUAUGUAAGAAGUACGGAGUGGAAUCGUUUUUCCCGCUUAGACUUCUCUGCAAGAGUCAAAUUCCCUCUCUCGUCAGAUCAUCUCCUCAGCCUAGCCCAAUACAACUUGGUUCGAGCCAGCACUACGAAUGCAAUGAUCCUAUCUGUUCAUCAUCUUAUCGACACUGAUCAUUGUGGAAUCGAUUUUGAGAACAUGCCAUUGUUUGCUCCAUCGUCUACUCUCUGGGAAACUCCGGAGUCUUUGAAACCCACAAGGCUUCAGCUUCAAGUUCCCCACGACUUCUGGGUUGACUUGAUUCCCGAUCCUCAACUUCGCGACAAUGUGUUGCUUGCGCUGGCCCAAUGCACCCUUGACACUGUGGAGUUUCAGGGUGAUCUGGUGGGUUACAUAUGUAAAGAGACACAAAAGACACGCCCAAGUCCCUUUGGUUCAAUGCCAAAGCCCGAGAUUCCAUUCUCGAUGGCUGCAAAUUGGAAUGUCGGCCCUGGAUGCUCGCUGAGUGAGCAGAGAGAGCUGGGAAUCCUCGUAUGGAGCGACCCUUGGCGUAUGGAAGGCUAUGAGGUCACACCAGCCUUUUUCAAGAAGUGGAAAUUUUUAUUCAAAGGGUGUCAGCACAUAGUAGAAUCGACAAAUCGGUGGAGAGAGCGCAGAGGAGAGGAGCCGUUGGUUGUUGAAUUGUAG